CAAACUGGCGAGCGACGCGCGGGUCGCUCACAGUGCUUUAGUCACUGGUGCGGUCAAGACGUUACACCUUCCCUGCCUCUCUUGUUGACUGGCCGCUACACUCCCUCUCUCUCCACCUCACAGCUCCCUAUGCCCUCUCGGAGUCUCACUGUUCCUUUCUCUGACACUCACAAGCCGCUUCACUUACACCUUCAAACUCAAUUUUUUUAAUCCAACAACUAACUAUACAUUAUACAUUGCCAACGCCCGUCCCGAGGUACGGAAACACACACACACACACACACACACACUUAAUUAUUCUGUGUCCCGUCAAGGUGUCCAGCAAGCCUCUAGACGUGAACAUGACACUGUGGCCCGUGGCGGUUGUGGGGGUGGCGGUGGUGGCUUCCUGUGCCCACUUGACCCAUGCCUUCCUGGGCAUUCCCAGCUUUCUGGAGUUCGGAAAUUGUGCCAAGGUCGAUCUGAAGGAGAACUUUGACCCUGUUAAGUACACCGGGUUGUGGUUUGACAUCGAGACCGUCCCGAACGAGUACCAGCACACCAAGAAAUGCGUCACUCAAAACUACACGUGGACUGGGGAAAGGAUGGACGUGGCGACGCGAGGCCUGUCGGUUGAAGACAAGAAGGUUCGCCAGACUGCCUUCAUGCUGCGAGACAAAAACAUCCCCAAUCCUGCCUCCAUGUUGGUGAAUGCUGAAGGGGUCCCCGAGGCGCCUUAUCAGGUAAAAAUAAUGUUUAAGUAAGGAGACCAUGGUAAU